UGUGUACACACAGCCCCUCCCUCCAGUUUGUUUUAUGAAAUCUUUAACAUGGAUUGAAAGGGACCUUUGAAGGUCAUCUCAUCCACCCUGCUCCAAGCAGGGCUGACUUCAGGUUUGGAUAAGUUUACUCAGACCCUUGGCUUCCUGAGAACUUGGGUAUUUUAUAGAAUUUUGUAAUGUUGUUUCAUAAAACAUAGGAUCCAGAAUGGUUUCAGCUUGCAUGGCUGUUUUCCAUUUUUCUUUUUUACUCUUAUUGUAGUAGUCAAAGUCUUGAUCCAUGGCUUUUAAGAUAUGUGACCUAACAGUAUGGAAACCCUUAAAAUACAUUCAUGGGAGCAACUUAAUACAGCUACAGACAAUUUCUGAUUUGAAUAGCUUUGUCUGUGCUAGGUAACUGUGUGUGCACGUGGAGAUGUUUUAAGAUGUAUCAAAGAUCUUUCUUUCUCUGGCUUUAGGAGAGGAUAUGGUCUGAAGUGAGAUAACCACAGACACUGUGUUAAGUAAUCUUUUUUAUGUGAUUACUAUUGUGUAUUUGUAAACAUCUCCUAUCCAUAGUAGCAAAAAUACUUUGGUGAAGGUGUAUGCAGUAAAGAGAGGCAGUACAAAAUCAGGGUCUCUUGUAUGGACAUAUGCUGCUAUUUAACUUCAUUACAUUGGUCCUUUGCCUUCAGUCAGCUUAAGUGACAAACUGCAUAUGCUUUUCUAAAAAAAUUAUUGGGUUAGAUAUUUUAAACAUAACUAAAGAAAUAAUUGUUUUUCAAGAUAAGCUAUUCUUUUCUGAAGUUAGUGUGUAUUCCUGUUCUUCAUCUCCACAUCUCUGGAAUAUCUGUUAAAUCUCAUCCUUGCUUUUCCUGGUUCUCUGCACAAAUUUCUUUCCCCUCCUGUAUGCUCCUUCUUGGUUGGUCAGUCUUGGUGUAGACAUCAGAAGACAUUUCAGCAGAAGAAUUUCAUCCGUGUUUGUAAGCUUUGUUUAAAUAAUAAUUUCAAAUCAGGUUUUGACAUGACCUAUUUUUCAAAUGAAUACAGUAACACUAACACAAGAAGUGCUAUCUUCAGUGGAAACAAAUAAAAUCCUAUUGUAGUAGGAUUUUUUGGAAUUUAAAAAAUCCAUCAUGGGAUAAACUCGACCUGGCUUUGAGUAUGGUACAAUAGUACUUAGCUUGUGAUUCAGCUGUUGAUCUGGGAUGACUUAAAGUGACUCUCUACAGAGCAACUCUGAUAAUUCUUGUGCUGGUUUAAAUCCCAAAUUAGAUAAAAGUACUUGGGGAUAAUAGACUGCAACAUAUUUAAUAUAUCCCAGUGACUUUUCUUUCCUUUUCUUUUCCAGGAGGGCAGAUGAAAGUGCAGGUUGCAGUAGAUAAUUCUCAUAGGUGAAAAUGAUUGUUGUCUGUAACAUCCUGAUUCAGUGUGUUGUGUGGGCUUGCAGAUAUGAGCUUGGGUAAGAUUUGAGCAAAAAUACCUCACCACGUUGUGUUUUGGUUGGGAACUUUGCUUUAAAUUAAGAAAGCUGCAGGUGUGCUUUGUGAAUGUGUAGAAAAAAUAACUGUUCCUCUAAUUCAUGUAGCUGUUGUCUCCCUAUAUCUAAAAUAGUCUGAAAUCAGCAUUUUUUAAAGGCUGAUCAUACAAUAAAGAUUUGCAUAACUUUAUUUCCAGAUUGAUGAAUUAUAAAUAAAUAUAGGAAAUGCAGGAAUAAGGUAUUUUUUCUUCUCUUUUAGGACAGCUUCCAAAAGCCAUAGCCAGAAGAGGAUCUCUGAUGGAAGUCUAGAAAUGCUCUAGUGAAUGUGCACAGUGUUCCUGUCAGACCCCAUUCCAAGGCUGUGCAGGGCUGCCAGGCUAUCCAGGUUCUGUCACUAUCCAAGCAGGCAGCUCCCAUGCAGCAGGGAUGCCCCACAGAAUGCACUGGAAUGGAGGGCACUUGGGAGCACUGGUGAGAAUCUCUGGAUCCUCAUCAUGAGCUGUACUUUCAGGUUUCCCAGCACAAACAUCAAGAUAACAUUCACAGCUCUGUCCAAUGAAAAGAGAGAAAAACAGGAGGCCCCGGAGUCCCCAGUGAAGCCUGUGCAACCCCAGAUCUCUCCCUUAACAAUAAACAUUCCAGACAACAUGGCUCACCUGAUCAGCCCUCUCCCUUCUCCCACAGGAACUAUCAGUGCUGCAAAUUCCUGCCCAUCGAGCCCCCGCGGCGCAGGCUCUUCAGGGUACAAAAUGAGUCGUGGAAUAGCAUCUGACCUACAUUUGAUGGCUGACAAUUCACAGUCAGAAAACGACAAGGAAGCUUCGGGGGGAGACAGCCCAAAGGAUGACUCUAAGCCACCCUACUCCUAUGCACAGUUAAUAGUCCAAGCAAUUACAAUGGCCCCGGAUAAGCAGCUUACACUAAAUGGAAUUUAUACGCACAUAACUAAAAAUUAUCCCUACUACAGGACAGCAGACAAGGGCUGGCAGAAUUCAAUACGUCACAAUCUCUCUCUGAAUCGUUAUUUCAUCAAAGUACCACGUUCCCAGGAAGAACCAGGCAAAGGCUCAUUCUGGAGGAUAGACCCUGCCUCUGAAAGCAAAUUAAUAGAGCAGGCUUUUAGGAAAAGGCGGCCUAGGGGAGUACCUUGCUUUAGAACCCCUCUGGGACCACUCUCUUCUAGAAGUGCCCCAGCUUCUCCUAAUCACUCUGGAGUGUUGUCUGCACACUCCAGUGGCGUCCAGACCCCCGAGAGCCUGUCCAGGGAAGGGUCUCCUGUCCCGAUGGAACCUGAGCCCAGCGCCAUCCAGCCAAAACUCGCCGUCAUACAAGAAGCGCGAUUUGCACAGAGUGCCCCAGGAUCACCUCUCUCUAGCCAGCCAGUUUUAAUUACUGUACAACGGCAGCUACCACAAGCUAUCAAACCCGUCACCUACACUGUUGCAACUCCUGUGACAACAUCGACCUCCCAGCAGCCUGUAGUUCAGACAGUUCAUGUUGUGCACCAGAUCCCAGCUGUGUCAGUCACCAACGUGACUGGAUUAGCACCAGCAAACACUUACACUGUCGCGGGACAGGCGGUCGUCACACAAGCUGCUAUGGUCACCCAGCCCAAGGUAGAACCUCAAGAGAAUGGAGACCACAAGGAAGUCAAAGUGAAAGUGGAGCCUCUCCCUGCUAUUAGCCAUGCUGCAAUAGGAGCUGCUGGCCGCAUCAUCCAGACGUCGCAGCCCACCCCCUUACAGACAGUUACCAUAGUGCAGCAGGCGCCGCUGGGCCAGCACCAGCUGCCCAUCAAAGCUGUCACACAGAACGGAACGCACAUCGUGCCCCUGAGCGCCGCUGUGGCGGGGCAGGGCAGUGCAGCUGCUGCAAGUCCUUUGCAUAUGUUAGCAACCCACGCGUCCGCAUCGGCAUCGCUUCCCACCAAGCGCCAGAACGGAGACCAGUCGGAACAGCAGGAACUCAAACGUAUCAAAACAGAGGAUGGAGAGAGCAUAGUCAUAGCUGUGAACGUGGACACCCCACCCGUGGCAGUGAGUGACAAAGGCAGCCAGAACUAGAAACUUUAGGGGAGUUUUCUUUUUUUUUCUUUUU